UUUUUUUUUUUUUGGCUAGGGCAAGGGAGGGGAACCUAACUUGUGCAAUCAUGGAGAGAGUUUAUGGUUAACAGAUGUUGGUCAAUAACAACACCCCAUGGAUUGUGACUUCCGUGUUCCUUCAGGACAGAGCCACACGGUGCCCUCCCCAUCCAGGAGAGGCAUCCGGGAAGCUUAACUUUUGGAUAACGUCAGCAAGGGUUUGGAUGAGGGGGUUAGCUUGGAUUGGUUUGAAGUUGCACACCCUUGGCCUGCCUUUGCUGAACAUUCUUUUGGAGGGAAAGUUCAAAUCUUUCUUCAUCAGGCAGUGACAUCAAAGCACGCCGAAUUCUCCCUCUGGCACACUCCUUCCUUCCUUGGACAAAAAAAAACCUAUGAUCUGGGAGAGGGACUUUUUUCCUUAAUUUUUCUUUCUUGUUAAAAACUGAUUUUUCCCAUAAAUAUUUUUACUUCAGAGGAAUAGGACCAGUUUGUUUUGGGCCCUUCUACUGAGAAUUUGUCUCGUUUAAGAGAUAACUAGGAUCUUUACCAUAUGUCUGUAUUUGUCUAAUUUCAUUUUGGGUGGGGAUUCACCUUGGCUCCUGAAUAUACAAGCCCCAAACUCUAGCUGGUUAUUCAUGGCAGUGUGUGCGUCUGUCUGCUUGCAACCCAGCCCUGGAAAGGGCGUGUUAAAGAUCCUGGACUGGCAUUUUAUCCCGACUUGACCGCCUGCAGUGCUUCUGCUCCUGGAGACCACUGAGGGGCAGGCAGAAGGAAGCCUGGCCGGUUGUGGGGCCUUCUCUUCCAACCCAGAGAGAAUCGGCAUCACUUGGACUCGCUUUGCUUCGGCCGAGAGUUCCACAAGGCCCGUCCCUCCAGAACCAGGCCCACCCCCUGAAAUUGCCCAUUGCACUUAGUUUCUGACCUCUCCUUUCUUCUUGCCACAUUUUGGGAACGGUCGGAGUGUGCCUGUGGGAGAAAGUGCUGCAGCUGCUGGGGUGGCUCUGUGGGAAGAUGGCACCUUCUUCUCCCUCCCCUCCCUUUCCCUCUUCUCUCCUCCCGUCCCACUCCCUUCCCCCCACCCUCCCCUCUCUUCUUCCCUCUCCGCCAUCAUUGCCUGAAGAAGAGGCCGGAGCUGCUCUGAGAGCAGUUUGGCUUUGGAUGAUUUUAUUUGGUUUAUUUUAUUUUUAUUCUUUGAGAACACCGCUCCUCUUGUCCCUGCCCCCUCCUGAACAUGUACAGUAAUUCUACAGAGACUGCUGCAAACGUGUAUAUAGUUUUUGGAUCCAGUGGCAUGGGGAGACAGGGCACCAUCCACAGUUGGGCUCCUGUUCUCCUUUGCUUUGUAAAUUCAUAAAGGGGGAAAGAGGGAUAGUUAAAAUGUUUACAAAACUUUAAGCUCCCUCGGAACUUUUGCCAGUGUGGAGGAAAAAAAGAGAAAUAAAUAAAAACAGUUGUAUUAUAUCUCAGAGGGCAUUUUGUGCUUGCUUUUGUCGAGGCUGACUUUUGCAAUCAAUCACUUCCAAGAGUACAGUCGAUCCAAAAGCCCUUUCUCCUCUCAGCUUCACGGAGAAGCCGCAAACAGUCCGCAGCACCCCGAGACCACCCGCCACUCGCUGCCUUUCUGGGGAAAGUUGGUGGUUUUUCCGCUUGCAGAUUGAGAGCUCAAAAUAAACACUGGUAAGUUAGAUUGGAAAUGUUUGACCAAACAUCUUCACUCCUGUGAGUGUACCCCUACCUCUAGCCUCUCCUAUUCCAGCGUGUACUCACCCAAGAAAGUCUGAAACUUGACUCCCCCAUCUCUCCUUUUUGUAACAGAUGAAAAAUUAGGAAACAAACGUGGUUCUUCAGUAAUGAGUCACUCAACUCAUCAGACACUUUAUUUCCACUCUUGAAAACAAGCGAACUCACUUGUACCUGAAAAGCCUUCUAGCAGACAUUGGAGAAAGACCACUCUGACCUUGGACUGUUCAGCCUCUCAUCUGCUCAUGUCUGUCUUUCUGUUUGUCUGGAACAACCCCCGCCCUCCAGCUCACAGCGUCUGUAAUUAUGCUCUCCCGGGGGACGCUCGCUUUGUGAGCUCAAACGUACUCUCCGUUUCCAUUUUAUAUUCUGUCGUCUUCCUUGCUGUUUGUCCCGGGGUGUUUUUAAUGGAAAAAUUUCCCAUGCAACUCUCAGAAAUCCUAAGACCUGGGCUGGAAGGGACCUCAGGGGACCAUUGAGUCCAGCCCUUUGCAGCUGAAGAAGCAGGAUCAGAGGUCCCGGGCCCGGCUCAGUGUCCCAUUAGAGACUAAAGCAGGAGCCCGGGAUUUGGACGUGGGUCCUGGGACUCCAAGGCCGGCUCUCCGCGUACUCCACACCACGCUGCCUCUGCCAUGGGAUGGGUGGAAAGGCGUCUACUCGGCUCAGUCGAGGAGCUUCAUUCACUGUAAGCUAAUGAGUUUUCUACUUGAGUACAGUUAGGGAUGUUUCAGGGUUGUUCUUACAAUUUGUUUUCAUUUCAAGGAAAUCAUUGUUAAUUUAUGCAUCGUUUGACCUACCUUGCAAUGUAUUCUAACCUGGUGAGAAAUGGACAUAUUUAUUUUUGUACAAAGCGCCUCUCUGCUGUUGAGUUAAUAAAAGUACAAAACCCACUGUGUGUGGAAUCUGUAGUGAGACCAGCUCUGCUGCCCCAGGAGGAGGGACGAGCAGACUCGCUCGUUCCAGGCGCAGUAAGUAAGAACAGAGGAUUUACUCGGGCCUUCAGGUUGGGAACGGUUUUCGGAUGUCUUAGACGUUUAAGAACGGGGUCGCGGUCACUUUUCUAAGUUGGGAACCUCAAAUUGAUAAUUUCUUGGCAGAAGCAACGAAGACCCGUGUUCUUCUCCAAGGCUUGAGCAGAGUCACUGAACUGCAGAAGCCCCGGGUGGCGGUCACGGUCUUGGCCAGAGGGUCUCUCGGGCCCGUUAAGGGAUCAUCUAGUCCUGGGCUUGCUCAUGCUACCGAUCCCAAAAGUGAUCCUUUCCUCUGAAGGGGAACCACCGAGGGGUGGGAGUGUCUCAGCUUUGGCAAAGCUAAGGAAUAUCGCACCGUUAGAAAAAGGUGUUUUGGGGCAGUUGUUGGAGUACUUUCUGACAUGAAGAUGACUCAGCUGAAUGGAAGCUCUAGGUGUGUUGGGGUCCCCAUGAUUCAAUUCAGUUUAACAAGUACCUAGUUAGCAGUAACUCUCGUGAGUGCUGGGCAAACUGGUUUUACUGGUGUAGUGGAUUCCUGGACAAAGGAAGCCCCUCUGUCAGUGCAGAGUCGAGGCCCAAGUCUGUCCAGAAAAGCACAUUGUCUUUAGUAAGUGCAAACCCUGCAAGGAGGAAUUUCCAGGAGAAAACACUAGCAGGGCUCGGAAGGGCCGCCUCUGGAAGGUGGCCACGCUUUGGAGGUGGAUAGAGGUUUUUCAGACCAGGCCUUGGGUCCUGAUGUCGGGUGUGAGGGGCAGGACUGGAGGGAAGAGGGAGCUCAGGCCUUUGGGGACCCUCGUGCAAGAUAAGGAGACAGCAGGAGUGUGUUAAGGGGAGUGGCAGUGGUUGGACUGGGACAGGAAUAAAGGAAAUCUCUAAGUCGCUCACCCAGAGGAUGGAUUCUAGAGCUCAGACUAGGUGCUGCAUGUGCCUCCCAGAAGCAACUCUAUGGCCAUGCCGACAGUUGUGUCCCGAGCGGGGGUGCCAGAAGCUGAUCCGGUGCUGGAUCCGGCCGUGGGAGGCGGCGGUUCUCCCGCAGAGUUCCUACGUGGCGCAGAAUGUGGUUUAGGAGUCAGCGGGGUGCUGUGGGGUAGAGGAUGGGGGCGAGAGCUAGCUACCCCCUGGACCACUGUAGGCAGGUCCUUCCCCUUUCCUAGGCCUCCGUCUGUAACAAAGGAGCUGGGACACCAUGUCUCCAAGGCCCCUUCCAUCUUCAUACCCGAGACCCAAGCAGAGUAGUGCUGGGUAACGGGCCAGACACUGACCGGAAUUCCCUUUUUUUCCCAGAAGGGAACAGAACGGGGUUAAGUCGUGCUGAGGUCACGUAGUUAAGAAUCAGAACCAGGAAUUUUAGCCGGGUCCGGUGCUUGGUCCCGGUCUCCCUGCCUCCUCGGGCCACUUUGGAGAGGGGACUGGGGAGAUGGGGAAAGUCACAGGUUCUCCUCUAUUCCACUGGAUUAGCAGGAGCUCUCGCCAGAGGCAAAGGAGUAGACAUAGUAUCCCCUGGGAUGCCAGGACUUCUCCUGAACUGAUCACUUUGUGAGAGUUUUUUCAUCAAAAUGACUAAACUGGCUUGGAGCUCAAGGACUCUGUGUGUGUGUCUGUGUGUGUGUGAGUUUUUCCUCCCCCCUUUUAAUAUCCCAAGGGUGGAGCUGCUCCCUGGCUCCAGGAACGCUGGUUUUCUUGGUCAGUCAGUCAGGGAGCGGGUCUGUCUGCCCUGUGUGUGUGCGCAUGUGUGUUCUCUGAGCGGGGCAGUGGUGAGCCAAUUGGACAGAGUUUGCAUUGAAGCAAACUCUUAGAGCUUCCUUAGGCUUUCUUCCCCCUGCCCUGAAGUCCAAGCCAGACCGGCCCCGUGCAGAAGAGGGAGAAGGAUGGCUCAGUCCAGGAUGACUUGCCUGCUCCUCUUCGUGCUGUCAGCAGCCUUUGUCCCUGCUGUUCUCGCAGCAGAGUAUCCCCAAGGCCCUGUGCCCACGCUGUGGAACGACCCCGGGGAGCUGCCGUCGGGAGUGGGGCCCUUCGAAAGCACCACCCACUCCCACGCCUCCGACGCCACAGACCUCCCCGUCUACACCUCCGAGUACGAGCCGGAGGACACCACCCAUCUGCACCGGCUGGAUAACGACACUGGGUCCUUGGGCCCCGGAGCCAUCGCUGCCAUCGUGAUCGCCGCCCUGCUGGGCACCUCCGUGGUCCUGGCAUUGAUCGUCAUCACUCUGCGAAAAUUCUCCACAUCCUGAAUGAAAUAAAAAGGGUCUUGUUUUUCCGAA